GAAAGUGUUGCGCGCAUGUUCUCGACUAAAAUGACUGUUAUUUCCGAAUUUAAAAUUAAUUUAACUACUUUUUAUAUCUUGUGAAUUAUAUUAAAUACAAAAUUAUAAUUAGCACGCAUCAAAAUUAUUGUGUUAAUGAUUUACAGUGAAUAAACGGAACUCGUGUCAGUGUGUGGUGAAAGUUUCGUGUAGGUAAUAAGUUAAUAGUGCGUUGUCUUUUCGCGAAAUUCAAAACAGUUUCCAACAGCUGAUCUUCGUUAGUGACGACAUAUGUAAGCCAGGAGUUGGAACUGAUGUGAGUGUGCUGGGAUGGACCGCAGUUGACUUUGAAACAAAAUGGCCGAGAGAAGAUGGCGGAUGGGUCUCGGCGCGCUGUUCGCCAUUUUAAUACAAGUCAUUAAUGGUUACGAAGAGACCUUCACUAUAUCACAACUAACACCGAAAUCAGUUCUAGCUGAGGGUCCUCACGACGUACUCCUACAAACGAGUCAUGUAGAAAACGUAGGAUUUAAAUUAGAACCAAGUGCCAAAUAUGACGACAUCGAUGUUGAACCAGAUGAUAUAUUAAGUGAUUUGGAGACCGAGAACCAUGUCAUAGUUGAGAGAUCAGUCGAACCGAGCAGAGGUUCCAGAUCCAUUAACGAUCAGGAUGUACCAUCGUCGAAUAACAACGAAAUUGACAACGAAUUAGAAAUACACAACAAGAGGAGGUACUAUGAUAUCAUACCAACGAAAACUCUCGAUUACGUUAGGGAUGAUGAGGGUAUGCUCAUGUCCUCCGGUUUCGGGGACAAGUUAGAAUUUAAAUUUCCGGGGGAAGGGAAGAGGGCUCCGAAGGGGCGUGCACUAGCUCCUACGGGGCCCAAAAUCAGGCCUACUGCGGUGCAACCACAACUGUUCUCAACAGAUACCCUUAAAGACCAGGGGAGACAGAACAGUGAAAUACAGAAUAUAAUUACCGGUAUCGUAAAGUUGUUAAAUGGGAACGUCAAUGUGCAGGCCAACACGCAGUUACUAAACGGUCGUCCAAGACCUAUGGCGUCCAGGAUAAAUAACCGUGGACCACCAGAUUUCGACGAACCUCUAACACCACCGCCGCUCGCUUAUCAUCCAACAAAAAUACCCCCACCUUACCCCUUUGAUAGGCCUAUCGGUGUUAAUUUAGCUGAUCGACUCCCACCGAUCAGUAAUCGUCCAGGGUUUCAUAGACCCAUGCCUCCGUGGCAGCGAAGACCUAGACCUCCGAAUUCCAAUCGGAGACCUAACCCAAACCUUCCCGUUUAUAAGCCAACACUGAUCCCCCCACCGGAUAUGACGUAUAUAAACGACAAAGAAGACGAGAGUUACAACGAAAAUGAAUCUCAUUUUGACAUUCCAAACCACGAGGAUAACAUUCCGUUCAUAACGCUACCGGAUACAACUACUGAGAUAAGAAAUGUGACAGAGGAAAUUCCAACUACCACCGACACUACGACAUCUACAACAGCGUCAACUACUUCUAGGACGACAACUACCACAAGUACUACGACAACUACAACAACUACGACAACACCGAAAACAACGACCGAGUUGACCACCGAGAAGACUACUACAGAAAAGGUCAAGAUCGAAAAGCCUGUCAAAGCAGACAAAGAAAAAAAGAAAGACCAAUUAGGUCCCGAUAAGUUAAAAGACAAAAUCAAAGUCACAGAAGAUAAACCGACAGAGAGGCCCAUCAAGAAUGAUGCCAUCACACAGGUGGCUAUAGAACCCUCAGUCAGCGAGAGUCCGACGCCAGUUACACAGUCCACUUCCUCUCCGACCCCUACCGAGGGGUUGAUGACGCACGCGCCGACAGUCAGCGAAACCACGAAGAUACAAAAUAUAGAAACCUCCUCCAUCAACUCUCAGCCGUUACCAACAUCCCAAGGUAUCCCGUACAAGCCGUAUCCCCGGCCAGGGAUAGUUCUAGACGACACAGAUUUCAAGCCCCACAAGUCCAGACACAGGCCUGACGCGUCCGUCAUCACAGCCGACAGACUGCCGGGGUACGGGGAGAUAUUUGACGUGACAGUCUCCGCUAUACAGGGCCCAGGGGAAAAAGCUGGACCAGUGAACAUACAGACGCAUGUACACCACGGGUCGCAGUACGCGGACGAUAUAAUAGUGUCAGGGUCCGGGCAGCACAGCUUUGUCUCCAUAGACGGCAAGAGGACCUACCUGAACCUCUUCGACACCGGCAGCAUCACGCCCACCAGCGUGCAGCCGGCCCCACAGACCAGCCUCCCGAAGACCCACGUCCCGUCGUUGGGGACGGGGGUGGCGAUACCAGCCGAUGAUGUACCGGCUCCGCCGGCACCUCCCCCGAGGAGGCGACCCCAGACACCCUAUAGGAGACCCCAGCCGACUGUACGCAUAGACACAUGCAUCGUGGGCGACGACUCCACCUGCGACCAGAGCCAGAACGAGAGGUGCAGGACGGAGGCUGGUGUGUCCAGCUGCCAGUGCCGCGCGGGCACGGCUCGCCGCGUGCGCCACUCGCCCUGCCGCCGCGCCGUGUCGCUGUCGGUGUCGCUGAGGGUGGACCGCCUCUACGACCGCCAGAUCUCGUGGGACGAGAAGCUGUCUGACAAGGAGUCGGAGCCGUACCAGCAGUUGAGCUACGAAGCUGUCAAAGCGAUCGACUCCGCGUUCUCUAUGACUCCGUUCUCCGAUGACUUCGUGAGCGGUUCAGUGGACUCCAUCGUGCGAGGUGGCCCGCAGCACCCGGGGGUGUACGUUAACUUCACCGUAUUGCUGUCCGAGACCCCCGAGACCGUCCGUCCGUCCGUUGCGGGUGACAUCCAUCAGCACCUGGUGGGUGUCAUCCGCCGCCGGUCCAACAACGUGGGUGCUUCCGCCCUGUGGGUGACGCCCGAGGGCAGCGUGAUAAAUGUCCGAGAUGUAGACGAGUGCUCGUCCCCUGACCUCAACGACUGUCACACACUGGCGACCUGCACCAACACCUGGGGGGCUUUCAAAUGCACGUGUCCCAACACGACCCUGGACCCCGCGCCGGUGGCCAGCCGGGCGGGCCGCGAGUGCCGCUCGUGCGCCGCCUCGCACUGCAGCGACCGGGGGCUCUGCCACUACAACAACGGACAGCCUUACUGCACGUGUUCGUCUGGUUACUACGGCUCCACUUGUGAGAUGGACGGCGAGGUCAUAGGAGUCUCCGUGGGGGCUUCGCUGGCGGCCGCCCUCGUCAUAGCCAUCACACUGGCGGCCCUGCUCAGCUGGAGUCGCAAGUGGUCCCGGGAACAGAAAGCCCUCGGCAUGGGCUCGCCCGUGUUCAGCUUCAUGGCGGCCAACACCAUCAAGACCCCGCCCGUGGGCCAGCCGCCCUACCAGGUCACCCUGGAGGAGAGGAUGAGGUGGGCGCAGAUAGCUGAGGCUAUGGUGCAGGCGAACCAUUAUGCGGGCGAUCCUUCUCAGUCCGUGGCCACCCGACCCUCAUCAGCUAUGUUCGGUUACCCGACCCUGCCUCCGGUGCCACUGCCAAGGAUGGGCAUGCAUGGAGUUCACACGGGAACUCUCAACACCAUGACGUCACGGGCUAACACAGCCUCACACAUAUACGGUUACACAAAUCACCUGGCAUCCGAGUCCAGCUCGGAGGCGUCCAGUCACGUGCAGGAGAGAGCCGACCUUCUGGUGCCCAGGCCCAAGUCACGAGCCAGGAGUAUGCAUAAUCAGACGGGCAUCUACUAUGAUGUGGAAUAUGAGAACGCUGAACCCAUAUACGGAACCAAAGGCAUCCCGCUGUCCACCUACACCGUCAGCAGGGGACCGACCUUCUACAGACAAUAAACAUCACUAUAUACUAUAAUAAUUGACAUUUGUAUAGGAAAUGAGAUAUUUAUACAUCAUGAAAACUCUCCGAUGAUUCAAGCAAGCAUUGUUCAUAGAGAAUACUACUAAGCAUUAAACAUUAUAGGUCCGUCCGAAUGUACAUAAGACUGCAUUUAAAAUGUUACAAUUUUAUUCAUAUUUAGUAUGUAGCUAAGAUAUAUAUGUAAAUGUAAAUGUAUAUAUGAUUCAUAUAUUUUAAAUGAAUUGCAUUUAUAUGGAUGGAUGAAAUAAUGGAGAUAAAUUAAUUAUUGAAGCAAAUAUAUUGAAAUAAAAAUAGGUAUUUUUUAUCACAUUUUUAGUUUAUACGUAUAUAUAUAUUGAAUGUUUUAGUCGUUUUGCAAUUUUCGCAUAUUGCAUGUUGCAAGUAAUCUUGACAUGUUUCUGUUUAGUGUUAAGCGUUGUAAGGUUUUAUCGAACAUGAACUACAUCGAAAUAAAUUUAUUUACUUUUG